CACUUUCAGUCAGGCUUCAGCGUAGACAUCUAUAUUGGUCCUUGUUAUCAAUGCCAGAUGCUCUUUUUCAGGGGGAGUUUAAUUCACUUCAGCUGACUUGCAGCUGAGGCCAGCACAAGGUCCAGAGAUUUAUCUGAAGAUAUCUUUACCGCUAACUAUGGCAGGGAAAGCGCAGAGACUGACCCAGGAGGAGAGGGAGCAGGUUCUUCCACACCUGAGGAGUGCCCAGUGGAUUGAGGUUGUGGGCCGGGAUGCUAUCUACAAGGAAUUCCUCUUUAAAGAUUUCAAUCAGGCUUUUGGCUUCAUGUCCAGGGUGGCACUGCAAGCUGAGAAGAUGGACCACCAUCCUGAAUGGUUUAAUGUUUAUAACAAGGUCCAAGUCACUCUGAGCACACAUGAAUGUGGAGGGAUUUCACAGAGAGAUGUCACACUGGCCAGUUUCAUCGAUCAAGCAGCUGCUCUUUAACCUUCCUGGAUAUCAGACUUCUAAAAGAACUUAAGACAGGCAGCAGCCCAGUAAUGGAUGUUGCAUUGACUGUAAAUUCCAGAUUGAGAGUCGCGAUAGCCCAAGUGAUCAAAAAUUUUUGUUGUUCAGUUCAGAGAACAGUCUUACAAGAUUAUGUCAAACUGCCAAACACGUCAAAGACAAUUACUGUCAAGGUAUUACAAUGCAAAUAUAUUUAGAUUAACAUCAGAAUUUUCAAACGUAAUAGAUUCAGUCUGUGGUAAACAGCAUCAUAUUAUUCAUUAUAUCUUUUUCAGUACAAACAGCACUGUUCACAUUUGCCUGUGAAAGUACAGCAGUUUUCUGUGAGAGAUUCUCUUGCCCUGUCUGCAUAGUUUGUAAUUAAAAAAGUGUUUUAAAUACGUUCUGAAAACAUAUUUCAAAACCAAUUCUGUAACACUACAAGACAUCACCUAGUGCAUGGAACGUAAAAAAACAUCAGUGAAGUAUGUAGAAAACCAUUGUGAUAUAAAGAAAAGUGAAGGAUAUAAACUACCUUAGCACAGACACACGGUUAGUCCCAGUAAACUGUUCUGGCCAUUAACUGAACUCAAAACCUUUUGAUCACCAGUAUAUAUGUACCAAAGUACAUCAUGGAAGACUUACAAAAGUGCAUCCACAUUAAUGUUUCCAAGCCUGUUUAUCAUGUGUGCUUUAAUGAAACAUCUGUGACUUUGUGUUAGAUCGUGGAUUGAGGAUUCUGAAUAGUGAAAAUAUAAGCUGCCCAUUACUUAAGAUAUACACAUAUGAUCCAUUGGAGAGAGGACAGUUUUGUAUGGAAGAUACCAUUCUAAAGUUGUUGCACUCUGAUACUCGGGAGUGUUUCCAAGAUAAUUUGAUGUAUCUCAUUUCAGAAUUAUGUUUUCUUAUCACAUGAAUUUAGGAAGAGCUACUGCUUCUUAACAUACAUUCCACUAAAAUAAGUAAGGUAUUUAAUUUUUCUGACAACAGGGGAAGAAAAUUUAUGUUGAAUAUGUUAAUCAGAAGAUGAAGACAAUGUAAGUUUUUAUCUUUGAAGAGUGAACACUGUGUCAAGAAACAUGAUCUUUUUUAUUUUCUGUAAAAAUCAAUAAUAGCUGUUGUUCAUAUAAGCUUCUUUUAAUGUGACUACUUAAAAGGCCUGUAUCAGCAUACCACAUCCAGUACUGCAAGAAAAAAAUACCAGUUAAGUGGCAUUCUUUGAAGCAUUUAAUGAGGCAAGCAGUAAUCUUUUUUCUUUUGGAUUUAUUACUUCAUCAAGUUGCAAAAUUAUUGAACCUUGAAAACAUGCAUACACAUGAAUGUUCAAUGUCUGAUGUUCCAAUAUAUAUUUCCCGAUGUUUUGUAAUAGAAGUGUUUCAUAAUGAUGUGAUUUCAGAUGUUGGAAAUUUGCCAGUGUGCCUUAUUCUGAAUAAAUGUUUGAAAUGA